UUGCAAUUUCCAUCAGCGAAAAUCCAUCAGUUGGCAACACUAAGGGGUGGGGGGUUGAUCAAUAAAGGAACGAGUGGGAGUUAGUUGUCAGUUUCAAGGACCGAGAAUUGAUUUUAGGUUAAGAGAUGUCAAACGUAACUUAAAAAUAGGCCAGUCCCGUUCAAAUCAUAAACAAACAUGAGCUCUAAAUCAAAAUGUGAGGUGAACAUGGAUGGCAGCGUGCGUCUGAGUGAUAUACUGAAUUCGUUCAACUCGUCGAUAAGGGAGGAACAUGCCUGGGCCCUGUGUUAUCAGUGCGCGAAGUAUUUCAAGGAGUGUAUACAAACAGGACGACAGGAUUGCCGUCUCGUCACCGAGGUCGAGCACGUUUACCUGAAGACGGACGGCAAUGUGCACGAGAACACGAUGGCCCCCCAAUCGGACAGGCGGACAGUGCACCAGGAGCAGGACGUGGUCGCCGGUCUGGGAUAUGUCAUCUACGCGGCGCUGGACACACGCACACAGAACGGUGAGGAGAGGGUGAUCAGCGGCGACCUGGAACAAGUGAUCAGCGACAUGAUAUCGGUGUCGGAGCCGGUGCACCACGAGACCGACGACGAGGGUAUCGAACGGGACGCGGACGAGGAAACGGAGGAGGCGGGCACGUCGAAGACGUGCCACCAGAUAGGGCUGCAGGAGGUCAUAAGACGGUGCGAGAACCACCUGGGCACGCUGACCAAGUCCCAGGUGGAGGCCCACUACAAGGCGGUAGUCAGGGCCCUGGUGGCCGAGGCGAUCGAACUGUCCACGUUCCUGGACAAGGUGGCACAAGGUAUCCUACCGUCAAACAGCUCAAACAAAUCCAAUCUAGAUCAGUUACAAUUCUCAGACUGGGCUAAGUUUUGGGUGCAGGUGAUGGGCGAGCUCAGGACUGGAGUUAAGCUCAAGAAGGUGAACUACAGCAAGGCGCCAAUCGAAUACGAGCUCACGCCCUACGAGGUUCUGAUGAAAGAUAUCAGAUCCUGCAAGUAUAACUUGAGGAAGAUCAUGGUGAAUGGCGACGUGCCGUCCAGAGUCACCAAAGACGCUCACGCAAUCAUUCUCAACUUUAUUCGUUCCAGACCGCCGUUGAAGAAAGUGUCGGACAGGAAAAUACCGCCGCAAUCGCCGGUGCUCACGCCCAGGGAACAGCUGUUGAAUUCCAUCAGGAAAGGGAGGAAGCUCAGGCCUGUUCCCAGAACAAACUACGCGGUAAACAAACUGAAACUACAGAGUCCCAGCAUCGACAGCCCGAAAAGCUCGACGGGCCGUCGACUGAUCAAGGUGGACUUUUCACAGUUCAACGACGACGAGGACGAGGACGAGAUCUGCACGCCGGACUCCACAACGGAGCCGGGCCUGUGGUCGUCCGAGUACCCGCAAACCGUCGACGGCACCUUGGAGGCCUACGACCUGGCGAUGGACGACUACGCCCCCGCGUCGCGGAUUCGCAGGAACACGCUGGACGUGGUCGACGCGAAUCCCGGCUGCUAUUCGGUGCCGCAGUCGCGGCCCUGUUCGCGCCAGUCGUGCAACAGCUCGGAGGCGGAGUCGGUGCAGCUGGAGCCGGAGGUGGCCAGGGCCAUCCAGCGGGAGCUGACCAGCGCGCAAACGUGGCAGGACAGCAUAUCGCUGGACGACCGGCUGUCCCUAACGCUCGCCGAGAUCGUGCACAUCCGUACGGUGCUGACGAAGGCGGAACUGGAGGCGCUACCGGUGGAGGGACGGGUGCGGCACGACGCCGAAUCGCGACGCGUGUGCUUCCUGUGUCUGAAAACCCGUUUCGGCAUCUUCGGACCGUGGGGACAGCGGUGCACGCUGUGCAAACGCACCGUGUGCACCAAGUGCUACUCGCGCAUGAACAUUCCGAUGGAGCACUUCUCCAGCGUGCCCGUGGUGUUGCUCAGUCCCAGCAUAAUGUGCACGCCGGAGGACGACCAACAGGACGGGCUGCCCAAAUCGCUUCUAGUCAAUAGAGCGGACGAGAUGAGCCGGUCGUUCGCCAGGGAUGCUAGUCCGGACACCAGCCGGCCUGGUUCCAGCAUGGACAAAAGCACGACCAGCGACCCGGGCUCGUCGUUAUCCAGGUUCCGCACAAAAGCCACGACGGUCGGCAGGACGUCGCGGGUCGUCGACCAGUUCAAGGCGUCGCAGAUGAUCGUGUGUCACGACUGCAAGAUGAUGGUGUUGCAGAUCAUCAAGUCGGCGCGGGCCAAUCGAUCGGCCAUACGAAAUAAAACGCUACAAAACCUUACGUUGAACCUGUCACCGGUGUUUUAAACGUGAUAAUUAAAUUCAAUCCCCCAAUGUUUAUCAGAGAUAACUCAGUAGUGAUAUUAGUUUUUAAAAUCAGAAUCUUGUUGCAUCUAGAAUUUUAUUCCUAUCAAGUGUACUAUGUCAUUUGUGAAAAUUUUAAUAUUAUUUUUUAAAUAUAUGAAUCAAAUAGGAGAGUAUAUUUAAAAUAUAGGCAUUUUAUUUUGAUAACUGUAAUUUUAUGUAAAUUUCCUCGAUAUUUAAAGAACUAUAUCUAUAUAUAUAUAAAGAAAAUAAAUAAAUAAAUAAAGGUUACGUUAAUUGUUAACACAUUGUGUUUCUUUGUAUCCAAAUAAAAAAAAACACAACUAAUAGGAAAUCAAUUUAAUUCACAGAUUCGGACAUAUACAGAGAAACCAGCAACAAAUUUUGGAAUUGAUGAUACAUAACGUAUGCGACUCAUUACAAUAUAUAU